AACACCUCUCUUUCCGUACUCCAGCUGUCCGUACUCCAGCUGUCCGUACUCCAGCUGUCCGUACUCCAGUUGUCCGUACUCCGGCUGUCCGCCAGGUCUUCAGCAGUGUCCAGUCCACCAAACACAGCUCCUUUCAUCUGCUGCCCAACGGUGAAGACUGAGUUCUCGAAGUCUCCUGAAGAAGAGAUGUAAACAGUUGGUUAACACAACCUAACCUGCCGUCACUCUGAGCUAACAAUGUGCAGUCGUUGUUCUCGGUCCAACUUGGUUUAAUCUGCCUGACAGAGAGACGCCGAGAUGGAGGCGAAGACGGUCAACAAACCCCAACGGCUGGCUAAUUAUGCCAAGAACAGAGAAUUUGUUGACACUCUCCAAGUUGACAGCACACAGCCGGGUGUGUGUACGGGUGAGGUGUGUGGCGGGUCACUGUCCAACUCUCGACGGGCCAGUUCGACUCCCAGGUCACCCUCCGAGGUCCUCCAGCAAGCCCAGGUCUUCCUCGAUGCCUACUACACCUCCUUGAAGCUGUACAAGUGUGAGGGCCACCUGGCCAGGUGGGAGGAGGUGACGGCCAGUGUGGCCCGGGCCGGAACCUACCACUUGACCAAGGACGAGCUCCAGUUUGGCGCCAAACAAGCUUGGAGGAACGCCCCCAGGUGCAUCGGCAGGAUUCAGUGGAACAGACUACAGGUGUUUGAUGCAAGAGAUGUUACCACGCCCAGACAGAUGUUCCAAGCCCUCUGUAACCACAUUAAAUACUCCACCAAUGGUGGAAAUAUCAGGUCGGCCAUAACAGUGUUCCCAGCGCGGCGGGCGGGGCAGAGGGACUUCAGAGUGUGGAACCCACAGAUGAUCUGCUAUGCUGGCUACACCAACGCUGACGGCUCCGUUACUGGCGAUCCUGCCUACACCACCUUUACCCAGGUGUGUCAGCAGCUGGGCUGGACAGGUGCCGGCGGGAGAUUUGAUGUGCUGCCUCUUGUUGUGUCUGCUGCCACGGGCGACCCGGAGUGCUUCCCCAUACCCGAGGACCUGGUGCUGCAGGUGGAGCUUCACCACCCAGGGUUCGACUGGUUCGGGGAGCUGGGACUGCGAUGGUUCGCGCUGCCAGGCGUGUCCUCCAUGCUUUUCGACUGUGGGGGCGUGGAAUUCCCGGCGGCGCCCUUCAAUGGCUGGUACAUGUCGACGGAAAUUGCCACUAGGGACUUAUGCGAUACCCAACGAUACAAUCUUCUGCAGGUGGUUGGGGAGAGGAUGGGGCUGGAUACAAGGUCCAACAUGACGCUUUGGAAAGACUCCGUUGCCUUGGAGAUCAACAAGGCCGUUCUCCAUUCAUUCCAGGAAGCUAAAGUGACGAUGGUGGACCACCACACGGCGUCGGAGUCCUUCAUGCAGUUCAUGGAGAACGAACACCGUGAGCGGGGCGGGUGUCCGGCGGACUGGGUGUGGAUCGUGCCGCCCUUCUCAGCCGCCCUCACGCCAGUCUUCCACCAGGAGAUGUCGCUCUACUACCUCAAGCCCUCCUACGAGUAUCAGCAGCCCGCCUGGGUCGCCUACGCCCGCCAUGUCAGCGCCCUCGCCGAGGAGAACACGGCAGCCCGCGCCAUUAAACUCUUCAGAAAAGUGGCCAUGGCUGUGGUGUUCGCCAGUGUCCUCUACCGUGAGGCCCUCAGCAAGAGAGUGAGGGUCACCAUUGUCUAUGCCUCAGAGACUGGAAGGUCACAGUCUCUGGCCCACUCCCUCAACCACGUCUUCAAGUUCAACUUCAAUUCCAAGGUAAUGUGCAUGUCGGACUACCAGGUGAACCAGGACGUGUGGGACGAGUCGCUCCUCCUGGUGGUGGCUUCCACGACCGGCACUGGUGAACCUCCAACCAACGGCCAGGAGUUCGUCAAGAGCUUGUACGCCCUCAAGGAGAACGCCAGCAGGCACAUUCCCCAUGAUCAAAAGUUAAGUUUCUGGGAGGAUUACAACACCUUCCAAAACAGCACCGCCGCCAGCAGGAGCCCCGUCGGCGUCACGUCCGGUGAUGAGAAGGGCGUGCUGGAGGGGAAGGAAGGGAGCGGCAGCAUCAGCAGCCUCUUACAUAGGUUCAGGCGCAGGUGGGAGUCGAAGGAGGACCUUGCCAACACCUCCACACUCUCCGUCAGCGACCCUGUGAGGUAUGCCGUGUUCGCCUUGGGGUCGACUAAUUACGCCAACUUCUGUGCCUUCGGUAAAUAUGUGGACUAUCUUCUGGGUGAGUCUGGGGGCUGCCGCCUCCUGCAGCUGACCUGCGGGGAUGAACUCAACAAUCAGGAGGGCGCCUUCAACACCUGGACCGAGCAGGUCUUCAAGGCAGCGUCGCAAGAGUUUGGUGUCGGGGAGGGCCAGAUGUCAACACUGGGUGUGGUGGACCUGAGAGCUGACAAUGUCAAGCUGACUCCAGCCACCCGCCACACUGACCUUCUGGAAGGCCUGUCACAACUUCACAUGAAGAAAGUCCAGACUGUCCGAGUGCUGGAAUCUAAGAUCCUGCACGAAGAAGGCGACAGGUGGUGCCAGGUGGUGGGGCUGGAGGUGUGUGAAGGACUCCAGUACCUGCCUGGGGACCACGUAGGGCUCCUGCCUCGCAAUAACCCGGAUCUUGUCACCUCCAUCCUCGCCAGACUACAAGGAUGUCACCAUGCCGACACGCCCGUUCAGGUCCUCCUCAAGCGUGGCACAGGAUCCCAAGGUGACGCAGGUGUGUACUGGGAGCAGCACCCACGGCUGCCUGUGGCCAGCCCUCGCCUCCUACUCUCCCACUACCUGGACAUCAACACGCCGCCCACGCCCGCACUUCUGCAGCUACUGGCCGCCCACGCCGUCAACAACCACCACGCCUCCACCCUCACUCGCCUAGCCCAGGACGGUGAAGAGUACCGUGGGUGGAGAGCGAGGGAGUACCCACACCUGCUGGAGGUGUUGGAGAUGUUCCCAAGCGUGGAGGUGGAGGUGGGGGUGGUGGUGGCCGCCCUGCCCCUCCUCCAGCCCCGCUACUACUCCAUCAGCAGCUCUCCUCUCCUACACCCGCGGCUCCUCCACAUCACUCUCUCAGGCGUCCAGUAUCGAACACGGGGAGGCAGCGGCCCGGUGCACCAGGGUGUGGCCACGGGCUUCCUCAAGAACAUCACGACAGGCGACAGUGUUCAACUCUUCCAUCGCAGUGUUGCCAACUUCCACUUGCCGAGUGACCCUAAGGUGCCAGUGGUGCUGGUGGGUGCUGGGAGUGGCAUCGCGCCCUUCAGGGGGUUCUGGCAGCACUAUCACCACAUGAGGACCCAAGCUCACGCUCACUGUGGAGGAGGAGGGGAGCCCGGGCGGGUGUUGGUGUACUACGGGUGUAGGACCCAUGCUGACCACCUCUAUGCUGAGGAGAAGCAGGCCAUGCUGAGGUCCGGUGCCAUCACCAGCUCCAGUCUGGCACUCUCCAGGCAACCCGGGCUGCCUAAGAUGCACGUGCAGGAGCUGUUGCUGAGCCAGGGCCGGGAGCUACAGCAGCACCUGGUGGAGGGCGGGGGCCAUGUGUACGUGUGUGGCGGGGAGGCCAUGGCCAGGGGCGUCCACGGGGCCCUCAACACUCUCCUACAGCAGCACGGGGCCCUCUCUCCCGCGGGGGCCCGCGCCUUCCUCUCUCAGCUCAAGGAGGAAAAUAGAUACCACGAGGACACGUUUGGUGUUCGUGUCGGGACGGCAACACUGUAGCCGCCCGGACAUGGCAACACUGCAGCCAGCCAGACGUGGCACCACUGUAGCCGCCCGGACAUGGCAACACUGCAGCCAGCCAGACGUGGCACCACUGUAGCCGCCCGGACAUGGCAACACUGCAGCCAGCCAGACGUGGCACCACUGUAGCCGCCCGGACAUGGCAACACUGCAGCCAGCCAGACGUGGCACCACUAUAGCCGCCCGGACAUGGCAACACUGCAGCCAGCCAGACGUGGCACCACUGUAGCCGCCCGGACAUGGCAACACUGCAGCCAGCCAGACGUGGCAACACUGCAACUAUCUGGACCUGGUAACACUGCAGCUAUCCGGACAUGGUAACACUGCAGCCAGCCAGACGUGGCACCACUGCAGCUAUCCGGACAUGGUAAUACUGCAGGUAGCUAGACGUGGCAACACUGCAGCUGUCCGGACAUAGUAAUAUUGCAGCCAGCCAGACGUGGCAACACUGCAGCUAUCCGGACAUGGUAAUGCUGCAGCCAGCCACACGUGGCAACACUGUAGCCGCCCGGACAUGGUAACACUGCAACCAGCCAGACGUGGCACCAUUGUAGCCAGCCAGACGUGGCAACACUGCAGCCAGUCAGACGUGGUAUCACUGUAGCCAGCCAGACGUGGCAACACUGCAGGCAGCCAGACGUGACAACACUGCAGCAAGCCAGACGUGGCACCACUGCGGCUAAUCAGACGUGGCACCACUGUAGCCGCCCGGACAUGGUAACACUGCCGCCAGCCAGACGUGGUAACACUUCAGCCAGCCAGACAUAGCAACACUGCAGCCAGCUAGACGUAGCAACACUGCAGCCAGCCAGACGUGGCAACACUGUAGCCGCCCGGACAUGGUAACACUGCCGCCAGCCAGACCUGGUAACACUUCAGCCAGCCAGACGUAGCACCACUGCAGCCAGCCAGACGUGGGCAACACUUUAGCCGCCCGGACAUGGUCACACUGCAGCCAGCCAAACAUUGCAACACUGUAGCAGCCCGGACAUGGUAACACUGCAGCCAGCCAGACGUGGUAACACUGCAGCCAGCCAAACGUGGCAACACUGUAGCCGCCCGGACAUGGUAACACUGCAGCCAGCCAAACGUGGCAACACUGUAGCCGCCCGGACAUGGUAACACUGCAGCCAGCCAGACGUGGUAACACUGCAGCCAGCCAAACGUGGCAACACUGUAGCCGCCCGGACAUGGUAACACUGCAGCCAGCCAGACGUGGUAACACUGCAGCCAGCCAAACGUGGCAACACUGUAGCCGCCCGGACAUGGUAACACUGCAGCCAGCCAGACGUGGUAACACUGCAGCCAGCCAAACGUGGCAACACUGUAGCCGCCCGGACAUGGUAACACUGCAGCCAGCCAGACGUGGUAACACUGCAGCCAGCCAAACGUGGCAACACUGUAGCCGCCCGGACAUGGUAACACUGCAGCCAGCCAGACGUGGUAACACUGCAUGGGUUCUAUUACAACUAUCAAAGAGUUGUUAGGCUGAGAAUGUGUGGAGUGGUUGUAUGGUCAUCAUGGUUUAGAGAUUUAAACCUGGGCUGCAUGUUGUGUGACAACACUUUAUUAUAGUUCUGACAGCAGAGUUGUGCUGGGUGAUGAUGCUGGGCUUGAGGCACCUUGUGCUGAUUGAACCCCGAGCACUGUUGUUGUUGUUGAUUCAACAACUGGGAACAAAAAGUUCAAAGUAGCACGGAACUUUUAACGGACUUACAAGUAUGGUGAUCCCGUAGUGGACUUACCUGGCACAGGAGCGGCGCUGUAACCCAGGCAUAGAUACUGUGUGUUUACCUAGUUGUGCUGACCUGGUUGAGCUCUGCUCUUUCGGCCAGCCUCUCAACUGUCAAUCAACGAUCUUUUUUUCUUUCCACACACUCACACUUCAGGAAGCAUCCUGUAACAGCUGUCUAGCUCCCAGAUACUUAUUUACCGCUAGGCGAACAGGUGCAUCAGGGUGAAAGAAACUCUGCCCAUUUGUCUCCGCCAUCGCUGGGGAUGGCAGUUUAAUAGGGAUAGACUAGUGAGUAGUGUGGUGUAAGGAAAACAGAGUGGGGAAACAUAUCUGAACAAAUCCGCAAGGCUGUGAUGAGGGUUCGAACCUACGUCCUGGAUGAUCCCAGACGCGCCUUAGUCAACUGCGCCACAACAUGGUCGUGGUCCUCACCACGGCCUUGUGGAUUUGUUCAUUUAAUGUAUCACGCUAUUGUGAUUUGUGUAACAUAUCUGAUCUUUGAGAGUAUACCAACAGUUUGAGACUGUUUUUUGGCUGUGUUGUACAUGAGCAUUGAAGUUAUACUCAAGUUCCUUGGUCUAUGUAUAAGCCUACGAACUUUUCCCUCAUGUUUAUUAUUUAUGUUGACAAUAUCUAUCUGAAGGCGAAUUUGGUUUGAUAAUUUGCUUCCAGAUACAAUAUGUAGCAGAUCUUGCCUAUAUUUAGUGCGAGUUUGUUGGUUGACAUCCGUGAGUGGACUUUGUUUUUUAUUAUCUGAGUUAGUGGCACAAUUGCCGAGGAUGAUAUUAGGUAUAUUAUAUAUUUUCUCUAAAUAUUAUGUUCCCUCUACAUUCUAGUUAUGUAAAUAAUGUAAUUAUUCUCUAUUUUCAUGCCUGGAUUAUUUGUGGUAUAUGAUAAUAUAGCAUUUGUUAAUUGUUUAAUAGUAUAAUAAACUAAGAAAUUGU